UGUGUGCGCGUGUGCAUGUGUGUGUUCCUACUUACUGUCAUUCCUCCAUGGGAACCAUUGUUGUUGACACAUGAGAGUUGUUUGAGAAGAAACUUCUUGGUUUUCCUACUGUGGUUGUCACUUUGAUGUAAUGGUCAAUAUGUUGGGGCGUUACCUAAGACGAGAGGCCAACCUGUUUGACUGAUCGAUGGUGCGUACUUUGGAAGGACGUCAAAACGCGAUGGCUCAGUUAUCUUUUCCCCAGGAGGACACGAUGGACUUCAAGGCCCUGAGGGCUAGGUUCCAAGAGGAACAGCUUCUUCUGAGUCAGCCCAGGAUGAAACCCACCCUCCCGGAGAAACCCAAGGUGGUCCCUCCUCCCCACAGCCCCACGCAGUACCUCCCGGCAGGGGCCCGCCCUUCCCUGCUCACCUCCAUCAACUGGACCCUGGACAACAAGACCGUCAUGCCUCCUAGGGUGGUCUUCAAGGAUGAGAAGAAGGAGAGCAAGAAGCCUCUCAUCAGGACGACCUCGACGGAUAAAAACGAGAAGAAUCUUAGGGCCGGCAAAGACAAAAUGACCAAGGGAAGCAAGGUGCCUUUCGAUGAGUAUUCACUGUUUCACAAGCUGAAGAAAGACAGCGAUAAAGACAAGAAGCCCCCGCCGGUGACCACCGCGGAGUUGGUAUCAGUCCCGGCUCUCCCUAAAGUUUCAAACUCCAAGAAGAAAGGUUUCCUGGGUUUAAAAUGGUCUGCGAAAACUAAUCCAGACGAGGUACUAGCAGAUCCCAUUUUGGACGCGCCCACCUUGGACGGUCCUGGACUCGCCCCUCUCAUCCCAAUACCUCCUGAGUUUGCCGAUGUAGAACCAGAGCCAGAAAUUCUUCCACCAAACAUUUUAUCCUUAUCUGAUUCUGAUGUCGCAAUACCCGUCUCUCCAGGCUUCACCCCUCCGCCCUCCUUCAUUCCUGAUAUUCCAGCUCCUCACCUCCCGUCCCCAGAGAGUGAAACUCCACUGGAAAUAAAAACUGCUACCCUCCCCAUUUACACAAAUGGUGGUCAAGGUAAAAUGAGCCUACUGCAAACCUCUCAGUCCAUCUACCAGACCAUCUCCAUCCCUCCAUUUGAAGUCCCCUCUCCUACGCUGUCAUCUCCUGAGCCCAAAUAUGGUGUUCCAGGCAGCGUAGCGGCUAUCAGUAUAGCAGCACUGCUGAAUCCCCGGCCCCCGUCUGUCCUGUCGUCUCUCCCAGCUGAGGGUUCCGCUUCAGCCCUCUCGGCCUUGGAGAGAGCGGAAGACGUGAGCCAAGGGAGGAGGACCACUGCAGCCGACCAAAGGAUCCUCAAUGCUCUGCAGAAGGCUCGCAGGAAGCCGAACCACAACUCCCAGAAAAACAGUUCCAUCUCGAGUACACCGCCUCCCGAUGAUGUUCACCUACCUCAAAGCCCCAACCGUUUGCUCGCAGACCUCCCACCCAUCGACCUCAACUCUCGGGCCAGACAGCUCAACAGUAUAGAUCCUGGGCAAGCCUUGCCAGCAUUGGAGGACACAUACAAGGAAGGGACAGAAGACGUUCUGCUGGAUGUCUUUCCUCCUCAUCCCAGGAAUGUCCUCCUGGACCGAGCUAGUCUGGGGGUUCCUCCAAAAAAGCCUGCCAAACCUUCCCUCAUCAAAAUCCCCAACUUCAUCCCUCCUUCUCCUCCGAUGCAACACAAUGCAAUCCCAGUGCCUUCCGAAUUACCAGAGAUGAACUCCACCAAUGAGCCACCAUUUGGGGGUAUGGCUCCAGGUGCACCUUCUCCAGAGUUAACAGUGUCACAAAGGGUCAACGGGAACUGCGCAGGUCCAGAUAUUCCAGACGGAAACAAACCUCCACUGUUAUACAACAACGGUAUAAUGCUGACGGGCCCCAAAGGACUGCCUGUGUUUGCCGACAAUUUACGGGACCAGCCACCCCCGCAUCUGGCAGACUCCCCCUUCUCUACCUCGCUGGAAGGUCAAGCAAUGGCAGGGCAUCAAGCUCACAACAGCGGCGGUACGGGAAGCUACUAUGAGAACUUGUACUCUGCUAAAGGGAAGGCAAAAACUGAAGUGGGGAAGAAAAGGAAAGGACCUCCAAAGAAUCCAUAUGCCGAGGCCAACCAGGAAUCUAAUGAAGAGAAUAACAAGACAGGCUGGUUUGGAAAAGUCGACAAGAAGUCCGCUGAGGUGGCGGAGGCGCCCGAUGGCAAGGAGCUGAAGAAGCGAGAGAAGCAGAGGCUGGAAAAGGAGAGGAAAGAACUGAAGGAAAAGCAAGAGCGCGACAAGAAGGAGCAGAAGGAGCGGGAGAAGCGGGCGAACGAGAUGAAGAAGAAAUACAAGAUCACAGGUUACGAGGAGGCCAUGUACCACGCGACGGUCACCGUGACAACCAAAGGACGCAAGGACGACCUGCCCGUCCAGAGCGGCGACAACAUCAGCAUCAUUCGCACGACCAACUGCCCCAAAGGAAAAUGGUUGGCCAGGGAUUCCGGCAACAACUACGGGUACGUGGCUGUGGACCAUGUGGAGCUGGAUAUCAAAGAGAUGCUGGAACUGGGAAGGAAAGCGUCCGGCACUCGCGUGAGCAGCCCAAUGGAUGCGAACAUCACCACGACGGGGAUCAGGACUUCCAACCACUACCCGCAAUCAACAGAGAGUUUCUCGGAUGACAGCGAGGAAUGGACCGUCGAUGACGACGAGGCUCUCUCCUCUCCGACGGACGCCGCUUCAGUGCGCCACUACCGCGCACUCUCCAUGCCAGACAUGGGAAACGCAGACCUCAACAUUACCCACCAGCACCGUCGCAGUGACAUCAGCGCCGGCGGCCCCAAUGUCCAAGCCAAUAAUGAAGCACUUCAAAAGUUGGCUACAUUUUUCCAUUCGCCCGGUGUGGUACAACCACCUGCCAGGAGGCGCGCUGAACCAGAAACAAGGCCUGUGCUUGGCAGCGGCCACGCCGUUCACACCCACAGGCCUCACUCAAAGGGUUCUGAAGAUCCAGAUUUGCUCAUUUUACCUCCUCCGGAUCUCUACGCCGACGAUAGCGAGUAGAAGGAAACGGUAAGGAGGGUGACCUAUCUUCAAACUGUGACACCUUUGGCGUUUUUUUUAAUCACGUGCACUCACAAGAUAGUGGACCUUUUUUUUUUUUUUUUUUUUUUUUGGACUUCUUUGUGUUGCGAACCCAGGCGACGGGUAAUUUGAACUCUGAACUGCUAAUUCCCGGGGGGCGACAUAACCACAAUCGGAUCAACUUCCAGGUCCCUCUCUAGCAUUUACCAGUUUGCAGUGUUUAAACUUGUGAGAUUUAAAGAUAUAAUCAUAAUAACUUGGUAUUAUCCUUUGCUGCUAUGUUCCUCCCUUAACAUUUGGCCAAAUUUCAUCUGUAAACUUUUUUAGCCUCACCUCCGGAUGUGUAUCCAUAUAGGCCACAAUAUUAGGUACACCCUGGAGCUAAAGCGGGGUACACAAACAAGUUUGAGUAUUUUUCCUCUCUUGCAAAACGCAGGCGCAAUUGAUAUCUCUGAAAAUUUAUCCUGAAUUAUUAUCGUGUGGUGUGAAUAGAGUGAUUUUUAACUUAAUCAGGUUAGCCACCCUUCAGGGUUAAUCAGAAACACCAAAUUUGGCUGAGCCAUGGGUUGCGUGAUUGUGACGUAAAAAAAGAAUGAUAGCCAAUUAGGAAGCUUUAAGUGUGCUAUACACACAAGCCAUUUUUACAUAGUGAGAAAGCCCACACGAUUAGUAAAACAUGUACAGUGUGCCGACUGUUCUUAUCGUGUGUGGUGUACUGCGGAUGACCAGCACAGCACACCACAAACAGAACGAUUUGCAAUCGUAAAUAUUGAACAGGUUAACAUUUACAAUAGUCGGUUCUGACCUUUUCUGAGCAGAUCGUGGAAAACUCACUUUUAACACACCCCCACCACAGGAUAAUCACUCAGGAUAAUCUUCCAGAGACAACCGACAAGCAGGCAUUUGCAGAUUUUGAUCGGAAGGAAAAAUGAUCAAAUUAGGUCCAAUUGUGUGUUACGUGUGUAAAGUACCCCACUUUACACACCCCAGACCACACGAUGAUCACACUGGAUAAUCCUUUAGAGAGAUUCAACAAUCAGGUCUUUGCUAACUUUGAUCGUAAAGGGGGAUUAUCAACUCAAUAAUUGGAAUGUUAUGUACACCACUUCAACAAAAUUGCAGAUUAUUUUUUGUUCAAUUUCGAUUGCCGGUUUAGAUUGUUCAGGUGAACUUAAUGUUUAGGCUAUUAUGAAUAUGCAAAAAUACAACAACACUUCCGUUAAGAUGGUGAAUGGUGAUUUUAAAACCAAAUCAUCCAAAAAGAUCAUCGAACUCGCUUUUAUUUACGCACCUUCCAUCCCUCAACGUGACAGAAUAUCAGUCAAAACACAAUACAGUACAUCUCCCUUUUGUACGUUUGUUUAUUGUCAUUAUUUGCUUUCAAUAAAUACUCUUUUAAAGUGCAAAAAAUCCUAACAGCUACUCCACGCAAUGCAUGAUGAGAUCAAUCCGAAGCCUCCACAAUCUGGUAGAAACACACACACACACACACGCGUGUGUUUGUGUUGUGUACCUCCAUCUAGUUUGACACACAUUAUAAUAGUUUACAUUGACACGCAUGCCACGGUUUUUGCAUACAGCUGUCAUCUACAGUGCUGUCUACGGCAUCAAAGCAAAAAAAUGCUGACACUGUUCAUUUAUUGUUGGUGUCGUGUGGCUGCAUUUGCACCUGCCUUCCAGCAGGGGCGUGCUUUCCCCGCCUAAAAGAGCCCCGCAAAUGACAAAAAGAUCAGUCAAGGGUUUUACGUGUUCAAAGGACACAUUAUUAGUAUGAGCUGCAUGUAAACGAUACAAAGGUGUAUAAUGGUUAUGAAAACAAAUAAAUGAAGCAAUUACGGGAUGAAAGUCAAUAUCUAUCAAGAAACAAAGUCUACAUUUUAAUUUGUGAGAAUAAAGGGAAUGUCAUAAUUACAACUCGUAAUAUUAGGGAGAAAAGUUGUAAUUGUACAGAGGUGGAGAAAACAAUCAUAAUUAUAAUAUUCUUAUUGUGAUAAAAAUAAACAACUUUUGCAAUAUAAUGGUGCUUUGACUUUCGAGUUUAAUUCAUUCCAGGACUACGCUCGUAACUUCAAAACACUUGUGAAGUGAAUGGAAAUGCCAUUAAUUAGUUCCAGCACCACAUUGUGCUCUUUCUGGUCUGUGCGCCUUGGCCACUAGGGGGCAGUACAGUACAGACAUACACGUUUCACAACUGACUCAAUAAACUGCACUAAUUCUUUUUUGCAGAGGAUAAAGAAUAGAUGCCUGUGAGUAUUGUCAAUAUCCAGUGCUUCGAGGGUUAUUAGACUGCAACAUUGAUGCUACUGAUUAGCCUGUCAAUAGCAUUUUGCAUUUUGUCUUUGAAUUAAGCUAGCAGACUUUCCUAAGGCAAAAUGAUGUCAUCGUUUUGAAUGCACAGCCUGAAAUUCUCUUUUAGUUUGACAAUAAACUUCGACUGGGAGUGGGCUUAAUACAGUUUGAUACCUCUUUUAUGAAGAAUUGUUGACUCCCCGUUGUGAAGUGGGUUGAGUUCACUGCCACGAACUCACGCUCAUUUUUACACAGGAGUCAAUGCAAAAAAAAAAAAAAAAAAAGGAGUGGAAGCUUGUACCUCGAAAAACCCGUAAGCCGGAUCACUUGUAAGUUAAGGUACCACUGUAAAAAUAAAAGUCAUUUCAUGAGAAUAACGACCAAAAACAUAUCAUAAUUACAUCUUCUGUGAUGUCACAAAAAUGUUUAUGAUAAUAAAGAUGGAAAUUCAUAAUUACGACUUAAUACGUGAUUUUUAUUUCAUGAGAACCAUUUUUUCCUCAUAAUAUUUUUGCGUUUUCUGUAAGUAUUUGAACAUAUUUGUAUAGUUAAAAAUUGUUUUAAAUAUGUUUUAACUAACAUGUUUCUCCUUAUUUGUUGUUUACUCUCACAAGGACUUUUUUUCUUGUGGUAUUAUUCUCAAAAAUAAUUGUACCACCCCCGUGUAAUGUAAAAAUCAAGAAAAAGAAAAAAAAUCAAGAAACAUUUUGUGAGUGAUACACCUUUAAAAGACCCAAUCCAUACUAACACGAUUUAUAUACAGUAUAUUUUUUUGACUGACUGCAUAAAAAAAAGUAUGUCAUAAUGUGUUCCAUUAUUUCUAUUAAUUUUAGUGUUGUGUCAUACUCAGAAGUAAUUAAAGGCAACACAAAGGAGAUGUUUUUAUUAUUAUCGAUUUGCUGCUGCUUGUUUAUUGCCUUUUCCAGAUAUAAUUUUAUUGAGGAU